AUGUCCCAGUCAGCUGUCGCCAUGAUGGAUUCUUGUCCCCAUCCUUUCUCCUAUAAUUCUCUCCCUAAUUUCCUUUCGCCGCUCCCCUAUCUCCCCUCCCCAUAUUCUAGGUUGCUGACCAUCAUUUUACCCAUUAAAUCCUUCAUCUUAGGUCUUCCGUUUCCUCGCAUCCAACACCGUUUUUCCCUUUUGACUGUGUCUCAAUUAUUCAUCCUCAAAAAACAAAACAACAAAAAAAAAAAAAAACUAGUUCACUUUUCAUUUCUUUUUCUUUCUUUCUCUUUCUUCAUUUUUUUCCUUCUUUCUUUCUUUCUUUUUUUCUUUCUCUACCACCUCCCCCCCCCCCGCCUCGCUAUCCCUGGUUCUCGCUCAUUAUCUUUUGAUCUAUUUCCGUUCCAAUGCUUUUUACUUAUUCUCGGUGCCCAUCUAUUAGUCUCGUGUGCUAUCUCUUCUACCUCUCUAUCUAUUGAUCUCCACGUAUACCUCCCUAUCGAUACACGAAACACACCCAAGUGGGUUAUGCCUUUCUCUCCCCCUCUCUCUCUCUCCCUCUCUUUCUCUCCCUCUCUUUCUCCCCUCUCUCUCACGCUCUCUUUUCUCCUCCCUCUUUCUCCCCCCUCUCUCUCCCCCUCUUUCUCUUCCCCCUUUUCUCUCCCCCCCCUCUUUCUCUCCCCCUCUCCCUCUCUCCCCCCUCUUUCUCCCCUCUCUCUCUUGCCUUGA